UCACUAGUUCCCACUGGAUGCAAAAUGUAUUUUCUGAAAAGGUAAACAAAAUGUGCAAAUCGUGGCGAGUAAAGGCAAUAAUUCGCGAAAACGGUGGCCUGAAAGGCCAGUCUAGAGUCCAGCAGACACGGGUAUAGAGGGCCUGACCUUAUCCGCCGGAUAUAGCUGCACGAACACUAGUUCGAGGCUGUUGCUCGCCAGCCACAUGAAAAUCAAUAAUUGAAUCAGAAAAUCAAAACACGGAUUCGCCCAGAUGCAAGCAGGCCCGCGAUAAAUUAUGCAAUUGUUGGAGCCAUUAACAACCCCCCCACCCCCUGCCACCGUUCCCGUUCUCGUUUUGGCCCCGUUCGCAGUUGAUGUAUUCAAAUGCAAAUGCUGAGCUCGAUUCUGGCCGUCGCCGUUGUUGUCACUACUGCCGUGCAUGUGCAUGUUGUUGUAAUUGGAGCUGGGAAUCGCCAUGGAGCAGGAAAUCGGCACCUGGGACUCGGUGCUGCUGGAGAACCUGUCCGAGGAUAGUUUCAUAAACAACAUCCAUCAGCGCUACAAGCGCGAUCACAUAUAUACCUACAUUGGAACUUCUGUUGUGGCUCUGAAUCCAUAUCAUCACAUAUCCGAGCACUCUCUGGACAAUGUCCGCAACUAUGGCGACAAGGGCAUCUUUCAGCUGCCUCCACACAUCUAUGGCCUUACCAAUCUGGCCUACCAGUCGCUCAAGGAUCAAAGCGAGGACCAGUGCAUUCUCCUCACCGGCGAGAGCGGAGCGGGCAAGACGGAAACCUUCAAAAUGAUCGUCAACUUUCUGACCCAUAUACAGGACCGCUCGCACUGCCCCGCCACUCCGAAUGUCCUGCGCAAGCAGUCCUCAAUCAGCUCGACCAGCGGUCUGGUGACGCACGCCCACAGGCGCGCCUCCAGCAGCUGCUCCGGCACUGCCAACUUUAUUAUAUGCAAGAACCGGGCGGAGAACACGUCAGCCACUAUUUCACGACGACAGAGUCCUUCGCCAGGACCGUCGCAGCGUUCGCGGACGCGGGACGAAAGCAUCGAACGCCAGAGCAGGCGCCAAAUGCGCGAGAAGAUCGUGGACUUUGACUUUUCGCACCACAAGAGCAGCGAGAAUAUCAGCAGUCUGCUCGAAUCGCAUGCCCACCACUUGCAUCCGACCAAGUCAUGCUUCAAGCAUCAGCAGACCCAAGUCAGCGCCUGCACUGCCAUGCCCUCGGCUGCCAAGGGUUCGCCCAAAUAUGCUGUGCCCUCUGUCUAUGGCGGCUGUCGCCAGUGCGGGCACAGCAAGUGCGUCCGUGCCCAGAGCCUGGAAAAGGAGGAGCGGGAUGAGCUGCGAGGCAGCACAUGCCGCCUGUCCAACAUAGCCACCGCCCAGCCGACGCAUUCGCAUCGCGUCAGCUGCUCUAACCUGACGCGCCAGCACUCGUCAGAGAGCCAGCCGGAGCGGGAACGGGAUCGAAGCUCCCUCAUGGGUUCCACGCAACGUAUAUCGCUGUACGAUGCACACAAGCUGAGUAAGGUGCUGGGUGAUCUGCCACCUCCGCCGCCUAGCUCCGUUUCGCCCACGCCCUCGGCCAGCUCGUCGCUGCACAGGCGCCACAAGUCGCCCACGCAAAGGAUGCGCGAGUGCGUCACCUGUGCGGAUGUGUUCCUGGAGGCCAUGGGCAAUGCCUGCACCUUGAAAAAUAACAACUCCAGUCGAUAUGGCAAAUUAUUUGAUAUUGAAAUUGACUUUAAGGGCGACCCAAUGGGAGUGCACAUAACCCACUAUAUGUUGGAAAAGACCCGCAUAACGGAUACUAUUAUGGGAGAACGAAAUUUUCACAUAUUUUACCAGUUACUAUUAGGGGCUGAUCUCCAGUUGUUGAAAUCGCUCAAGCUGUAUCGGAACGUGGAAAAGUACGAGCUGCUUCGGAACACAACUGCCAUGGAGGAGGACCGUAUGAAUUUUCACUAUACCAAGCGAUCACUGGAUGUCCUUGGCCUUAGCUGUGAGGAAAGUAGCUCAAUUUUUCGGGUCAUUGCAGUGGUGCUUAAGUUGGGUAACUUUAUUUUCGUACCUAUCACCAACAUUGAUGGAACCGAGGGUUGUCAGGUGUCCAAUGUUUAUGAGGUUCAAGAGACAGCACAGCUUCUCAAUAUAGAAGCCCAAAUUUUGAUCAACUGUUUAACACGAGCAAAUAGUUCGAACAGCGCUCAAGAGGAUGUGGGCUGCGAAAUGGAUGCCAGGCAAGCAGCUAUCAACCGGAACACGCUUUGUCGCACUCUCUACAGCCGUCUCUUUACGUGGCUUGUGAACAAAAUCAACGAGUCGCUGAAAUCAACGCAGCGCGAGAAAAACUUGGCCUUGUUGGAUUUCUAUGGAUUCGAAGUGCUGGAUCACAACUCCUUUGAGCAGUUUGCCAUUAACUACAGCGCAGAGAAGAUCCAUCAGAACUUUGUUUAUCAUGUACUGCGGUCAGAGCAAGAGCUCUACAUCCGCGAGGGAUUGGAGUGGUCCCGGAUUGACUAUUUCGACAACGAGUCAAUUUGCGAGCUAAUAGACAAGCCUAGCUAUGGCAUCCUGAGCUUAAUUAACGAGUCCCAUCUGAACAGUAACGAAGCAUUACUUUCGCGAGUUCAGCAAUGUUGUGCGGGGCAUCCCAACUUCAUGACCACCGGCAGCAACUCCAUGUCAUUUCAAAUUCGUCAUUUCGCAAGCGUAGUGAACUACUCAAUACAUCGGUUCCUCGAGAAGAACUCGGACAUGCUGCCAAAGUAUAUCAGCGCUGCCUUCUACCAGAGCAAACUGUCCCUGGUGCAAAGCCUGUUCCCCGAAGGAAAUCCCCGUCGGCAGGUCACCAAGAAGCCCAGCACACUAAGCUCGAACAUCCGCACCCAACUGCAGACGCUGCUGGCCAUCGUUAAGCAUCGCCGCUCCCACUAUGUCUUCUGCAUUAAGCCCAAUGAGGGGAAGCAGCCCCACCAGUUCGACAUGGCGCUGGUGCAGCACCAGGUGCGCUACAUGUCGCUGAUGCCGCUGGUCCACCUGUGUCGCACCGGCCACUGCUACCACCUGCUGCACGUCAAGUUCUUUCACCGCUACAAGCUGCUCAACAGCCUUACUUGGCCUCACUUUCACGGCGGCAGUCAGGUGGAGGGCAUCGCCCUGAUCAUUCGCAACCUGCCACUGCCUUCGGCGGAGUUUACGAUCGGCACCAAGAAUGUGUUCGUGCGCAGUCCGCGCACCGUAUAUGAGCUGGAGCAGUUUCGCCGCCUGCGGAUCAGUGAGCUGGCCGUGCUCAUCCAAAAAAUGUUCCGCAUGUAUCAUGCGAGAAAGCGUUUCCAGCGCAUGCGGCACAGCCAGAUGAUCAUUUCGAGUGCGUGGCGCACGUGGCGGGAGUGCCGAUUCGGUAUUCCCUUCACUGGUCGUAGACACUUGUGGAGCUUAUAUCGUGUUGCCCGCGAGGAAUAUCGGUCCUUGAAGUACAAACGCCAGGUGAAAUGGGCCAUCGACGUUAUAGGCCGCUAUUACCGUCAGUGGAAGAUCAGGCAGUUCCUGUUGACCAUUCCCCUGCGACUGCCACCCAAUACGUUGAGUCCACUCUCCACAGAAUGGCCAGCGGCGCCGGUUUUCCUCGCAGAUGCCUCGCGUCAACUGCGUUCCAUUUAUCAUCGUUGGAAGUGCUACAUCUAUAGGAACUCCUUUGAUCAAACUGCGCGCAAUCGAAUGCGAGAGAAGGUCACCGCCAGCAUAAUAUUCAAAGAUCGGAAGGCCUCCUAUGCACGAAGUGUGGGUCAUCCAUUUGUGGGCGACUAUGUGCGACUGCGACACAAUCAGCAGUGGAAGAAGAUCUGCGCCGAGACCAACGAUCAGUAUGUGGUCUUUGCAGACAUCAUCAACAAGAUAGCACGCUCCAGCGGAAAGUUUGUUCCCAUUUUGCUGGUGUUGUCCACCUCAUCGCUAUUGCUGUUGGACCAGCGAACGCUGCAAAUUAAGUACAGAGUGCCUGCAUCGGAGAUAUACCGAAUGUCUCUGAGCCCCUACCUGGAUGACAUCGCUGUGUUCCACGUGAAGGCGUCUGAAUUUGGACGAAAGAAGGGAGAUUUCGUGUUUCAAACGGGUCAUGUUAUUGAAAUUGUUACCAAAAUGUUUCUGGUCAUACAGAAUGCCACAGGCAAACCGCCGGAGAUACACAUAAGCACUGAGUUUGAAGCAAACUUUGGCCAACAGACUGUCAUCUUCUCAUUUAAAUACGGCGGCAUGUCGGACUUAGCACAAGGCCCACCCAAGGUGACGCGAAAGGCGAACCGCAUGGAGAUAAUUGUGUGAUCCACGACCGAAUCUGAAUCUAAUCGUGGCGGCUCUUUGAGCCUGCUGCUAUCAUCUUCGUCGCCUUAGGCAGAUCUCGGGUUCGGCGGUCCGUAUCCAAAAAUUCUCACCAGUCACCAUGCAAUUGCAAUUAACAUUGCCCUUUGCUGUGGCUGGGGUCUCUCGACUUUUAUAUGGUCCCAGGGAUCAAAAUACAAUUUUAGCAAUAUAUUAACAUACACUCACAUCACACACACUCACAAUUUAGUUUUGUUCACAAGUGACAAUCAGAGUAACCAAUUUGUUGUCAAGAUUGUGCCAAAAAGCAGGAAACUAGAAUUGUACCAAACGAGUAGUAGAGGAAAGAGAGAGCUAAUUUUAAACUGCACCGUUUUGUUUAACUAUCUAAUGUUAAAGCGAAUGAAACUAACGAAGUGAACAACUGAAUUUACGCAUCUAAUUUGUCGAACUAGAUUUAAGUGUAAGUCAUGCACCAAGUCGAUUAGCAUUGCAACAAUAAGAACGUACUGUAAGGAGGCACGGGGAGUGACGCCGCUCGAAAGAAUCGGAGCGGACGCAGGUGCUGGAUGGGCAGUGUUUGGGAUUUUACACAAACUAUGAUAUUUCCGUUAUAGAAACCAAGGCAUUUCUCUUACAUUUAAGGUUUCAUACACAAUAAUUAGUGAACUAAUGCUAGAGAACAGACAUAUAAACCUCUUUGUAUACCGGAAACACAAAUGAACCCCCAAUAUAUGCAAUUUGCCGCAACUUAGCGAAAAAAGAAGACAACUUUUUCCAAGCAAAAACAAAAGAAAAAUGUUAAACAACUAUUUACAAAGCAGAGCAGAUGAGUAGUUAAAUAUUUCAAAUAAAUAAAUAUAUAUAUUAAUAUAUGUAUACACCAUACGAAAUUGAUAAUGAGUCUAUAUAGAAGCGACAACAAUAUGGGAAAAAACAGAAGUUUGUUACAUGUUGAGAACAAGUGUAUGUAGAGUUGUUUAUAUAUAACUUGUUAUUGAUAGUUCGGACAUCUACGUAAUUCAAGCCGGAGUUGAAUUUUCCAAGCUCCGGCGAUGUCACAGAGCAUCUGCGACAUCGAAUUCCAAGAGUUUUUAUUUGUAUUUAAGUUUUAAGCGAAUACUUCAAAAGAAAAAAGCCAAAUAUGAGUAAAUCGAAACCCAACCAGUUGGUAGUUUAUAAAACAAAGUUUAGCAAUAAUAAAACAUACACAUAGUAAA